AUGUUUGGUAAAUCUAGAAUUGAAACCCUGAGGCAGAAACUCUCUCCUUCUCUCUCAUUUGGAACCUUUUCACAGCUUCUAUCUCACCUUUCUUUCUUUCUUUCUUUCUUUCUUUCUUUCUGUGUCUCAAUUUCUGUAAAAAAAAAUCCGAUCCAUCACAUAUCUUAUGAAGUAAAACAAAAAGUAAAACUUGUUUCCGGAAUUAAACCUCAAAUCCGUAACAUCUCUAGUUCACAGUUUGAAAGGAACUCGAAUCCCUCGUUUCUCUCUCAGAAAUUGAAAGGGAAUGACGCGGCCGUUACAGUUUUAGCCGUUGGGAGACACAAGCCCUUGGGAGACAGGGUGCUUGUUGUAACCAAGACAGCAGAGCAGAAGACCACAGGUGGUAUUCAGUCGCCUUCUACCGCUCAGACUAAGCCACAAGGAAGUGAGCUCCUUGCUAUUGAGAAGGGUAAGACCGUCGGAAAGGCCCAAGUCGAUGUUAGUGUGAAGACUGGUGCUCAAAUCAUUUACUCCAAAUAUGCCGGAACUGAAGUGGACUUGAAUGGAGUAAGCCAUCUUUUAUUGAAUGACGAUGGCAUUCUUGGUAUUCUCGAGACCGAAGAUGUCAAGGAUUUUAAUCCCCUGAGCGAACGCGUGUUAAUUAACGUUGAGGAGGCCGAGAAGGAAACUGCUGGUGGGUUACUUCUAACAGAGGAUAGCAAGGAGAAGCCCUCCAUUGGAACGGUAUAUCAGUUUGUCCUUUCUUUGUACAUGUACUAUGUAAGCUGA